CUUUGUUACCUGCAUUAAUGCUUCCAUUGGUUCGGAUGUAGUGUUUACCCUGGAGGUGGAUUCAACCAAUAUGUUGUGAAUAAUGCAGAUCCCUGGCAACUUCGGGGCUCGCCCAGUCCUGGGAUGCAUAUGCGUGGAGGACAGUCGCCUCAUACCUACUCCGGGGUUUUUUGUUAUCCGGGAUCGCAAUGGCAGAUUUUGGCAUCAGCACCCUGUCAGCCUCCCAGCUACCCCUUCUAGGAACUACACAGACAUCUCCAAGGAAAACAAUAUGGAGGCGAUGGAAUCAACUAUCUAGGCUUCAAAAGAAUAUGGCAUGUUUGGUGCUGGUCGCGGUCACAUUGGUCGUCAUUUACGUCCUCUCACUGGAACACGACUCAAGUGUUGAACAAUCCACAUCGAAAGCCAACGAUGUGCGGGAUGCAUUGGAAAACGUGCCGCCGGCUCUUGCUCCGGACGCGGCGAAGCCCGCAGAGAAGAAGCUCAUGCGCCGUGUGGUGGGCAGGGCGUACGGCCGGGGCGAGCAGCACGCCGGCCCCAACAUCGAGCACUUGCGUCGGGACGCUCUGGACGCCGCCGGCAACAAGGUGGAGCGCGUCGACAAGGUGCUGCACCUGCACAGGGUCGACAAGGUCGGCGAGGAGGAGGGCGACGACGACCCGAGCGGGGCGCGCCGGCCGCCGCGCGACCCGGAGCGCGACGACCUGGAGCCGGUCGAGGUCAAGCCCGAGGCGCUGGUGCCGGGGCCCGCCGAGCGCGCCGCCCUUCGCUUCCCAGGUCCCAGCAACGAGCGACAGGAGGCGGUGGUGAAGGCGUUCCAGCACGCAUGGCAGGCCUAUAGCAGAUACGCGUGGGGCCAUGACCACCUGAAGCCAAUCUCGCAGCAGCCGCACGACUGGUUCGGCCUGGGUCUGACGCUCAUCGACAGCCUGGACACCAUGUACAUCAUGAACCUGAUGGACGAGUUCCACGAGGCGCGCGACUGGGUGGCCCACCACAUGAACCUUGACGUUUCCGACUACGUCAACCUGUUCGAGACGACCAUCCGCGUGCUGGGGGGCCUGCUCAGCGCCCACCACCUGUCGCAGGACGACGUCUUCCUCAAGAAAGCGAUCGACCUGGGCGACCGGCUGCUGCCGGCGUUCGAGACGCCGUCGGGCAUCCCGUUCUCGGACGUGAACCUGAUGACGCGGCGGGCGCGCGGCCCCGCCUGGAACCCGGACAGCUCGACGGCCGAGGUGGCCACGCUUCAGCUCGAGUUCAACCAGCUGAGCCACAUCUCCGGCGACAGCAAGUACUCGGACAAGGCGACGGCCGUGUCCCGCCACAUCAGCGGCCUCGCCAAGAAGGAGGGCCUCGUGCCCAUCUACAUCAGCACCAAGGACGGCCAGUUCCGCCAGUACUCGGUCGUCACCAUGGGCGCGCGAGGCGACAGCUACUACGAGUACCUGCUGAAGCAGUACGCCCAGCUGGGGCAGCCGCUCGCGCACUUACGAGAUGACUUUAAUGCUUCAGUCCAAGGUAUUCAACACCUUCUAGUCAAGAAGAGCAAACCGAACGAGCUCACGUUCCUUGCCGAGCUUAUGAGCGGUGGAAAGAAUAUCAAACCAAAAAUGGACCACCUGGCCUGCUUCCUGCCGGGCACGCUGGCUCUGGGCGUGCGUCUCGGCCUGCCCACCUCCUACAUGAAGCUGGCCGAGGAGCUGGCGCACACCUGCUACCUCACCUACAGCCGGCAGCCGACCGGCCUGGCGCCCGAGAUCACCUACUUCAACAUGAACUCAGACGCUACGGAGGACUUCUACGUGAAGCCGCUGGACGCGCACAACCUGCUUCGGCCGGAGACGGUCGAGUCGCUCUGGUACCUGUACCACCUGACUGGCAACAAGACGUACCAGGACUGGGGCUGGAACAUCUUCCAGGCUUUUGAGAAGUAUACCAAGGUGCCAACCGGGGGCUACACCAGCAUCGGCAAUGUGCUCGACCCGGACAACCUGAGCCCGCGCGACUCGAUGGAGUCGUUCUUCCUGGGUGAGACGCUCAAGUACCUAUAUCUCCUCUUCUCCGACGACCAGCGCACGCUCAACCUCAACGACUUCGUCUUCAACACGGAGGCGCACCCGCUGCCGGUGCUGCGCCGGCCGCCAGCGCCGGCGCGGGCGCCGGUGCCGCGGCCGGUCGUGCGGCCCGGACACGACUACAUCUGAGGCCACGCCACGGUUCUGAGGCCGCGCGACCCGGCCUGUCUGCCUCAGGUCGGCCGCCCCGCCGGCGGGCAGCCUCGUGCCCGCUCGGCAGGCGGCCCAUUCGCACUGUGAUAUGAAAUGAAGCACCGGCUCCUCUCGCGACGCGCGGCGCGUGCGCGCGCGGUGCCGCCCUCCUGGGCGGGCGUGAGGCUCGGCGUGCGCCGCGU